AUGCUUAAAAAGAAUAUUAUAAAGCUUUUCCUAUCCACUCUUCUACUUGUGUUCUUACUGAAUGUAUUUACAUCGCCUGUAAAGGCUGCUGAAGCCACUGGAGGCGGUGGCGGCGGUGGAGGAACACACGGCACAUUCAAGGAUGUAUUUACUUACACAUUCUUCCACACAGCGCCCAGUGAUAGUUUCUUUAUAAAGUCGAGUAAAGUCACUCUAAAUAUUAUUACUUAUCCUAUAUCGGUUAUACGUAACUUCGUCUGGUAUGGGUAUGGAACUAUAUCAGGAAACGGAUGGUAUUACUGA